AUGGUGAAGGGGCAGAAGCGAAAGCACCAAGUUGAGGAGACAGAAAACGACGAAGUUAUUUCUGCUCUAAAGGAGUUGCCAAGGCAAGAGCUUGCCUUGCAGCCUUUUUCACAGGCUUUGCGCUGCCUUGAAAGCUCCCUGAAGAUUGACGAACUGCGGAGUUCGUGGAAUGCCGAGACUGUGGCGACAUCUUUGGCUGCAGCACUGGGGGAUGGCUUAUGGUGUUGGAGUUUUGAAACAACAUCAGAUGAAGUCGAUUCAGCCCACAAGGCUUUGAAGACCAUGCUGGAAGAUGGCCGGAAGCAGUUGCUUGAAGCUUUGCGAAGUGGAGAAUCCUUUUGUGCCACAGUCAAGCGCUGCACAAGCAAGAAGGAUGGCCAGGCACUAAUGAAGCUUGGAAAGACCCGAGUCAUGUGGCUUUUAGCACGUGUCAUUUCUGCUUUAGACCGACGCCGCAAUGGCUGGAUGCCGGUGAGCCGUCGCCAAACUCAAAUCGGCGAAGCCGCUCAAGCUGAUGCCAAGGCGGAGGUGCUGGAUGCGGUAAGAUGGCUCCAAGAAGCAGAAGCAAUCCUCAUUUGUGGGGAGCUCGAGGAGGAGGAAACAGGCCUAUUUCGCUUGCCUCCCUUCAGCACUUCAGCUGGCAGUCUAGAGUAUGGGGUUCCAGCACAAGGAUCGUGGAGCCCUCUCCGGGCUCUUUGGCGUGAGCAUGUGCAACUGGACAGUGCAAAGUUAUUCGAAAGUGAUCCAGCAUUGGCCUGGGCAUUUUGGGGGUUUUGGUCCAAACGAUACUUGGAAGGCAUGCCCUCUGCUUUCUACCAAUGCCUCGGUGGUUGGGCUCGAACUCGGCCAAGAGGCUGUUUCUGCGUGACGGGAGAGAUCUCUGGACACUGGGCUCGAUCUAUUGGAGAAGAGAGACUUUGGGAGACACGUGGCUCAGUGUCUCACUUGCAAAGAAUUGAUGGCCGUGAAAAAGUAUGGCGAGUGGGCGAAACACGAAUGUCACUGACAACAGAGAGGAUGGCGACAGGUAUCAUAUCCCAGAUGGCAGGCAUAGAAGAUGGCUUCAACGCAGCAGCUUCUGUUUUCACUUCCUUCUUGGGCACAAAGUCCGAUGCCAAGAUCAAAGCUACCCUGGAACGAAGUAGCAAUGCCGAAGGAAGUUCUCCCAAACAUCGCACAGGCCAUGCAGGCCAUGCACCACCAAUCACGGAAGGUGCCCAAGUGGAACCAAGCUUACUGGGAGUGUCAAAGCCGCGCCUCGAACCGGUGAAAUCACUUGAUAUUGAGCUGCCUCCAUCAUGGACUCUGCAAGCUGGUGAGGUGGUGGAAGUGAGAACUCGAGAUCCAGAGGAGAACACUUGUACAUACAAGUGGACAGCUUGGCAUCCAGCUGUCGUUGGUGAUGAUAGUUUCAGCGUCUUCUCCUUUGACGGUGAGCCCUUACGAGCACAUGCUGUUCGCAGACCGAAAGGACAAGAUCUUCUCCGUGUCAAGCAGACCACGUCGCUUCCACGGGAUCCUGAAGAUUCUUCGUCUUUGGCCCGUCCCAAUGUCAAAAUGCAUGGGGAUACCUGUUUUGCAGCUUGCCGGUGCGACAGGCAAGAGAAGGCUUUCUAUCAGUGGCUUGAAAGCUUGCCGUCAAGCUGCCAAUUGGUUCUCUUGCAGGUUGGAGCCAGCAACAACGAAGAAACAAUGCGGGUACAACGAGCUGCUCAAGGUUUUGCUCAGAGCAAACUGAUUCGAAUCGGCAGGGCACGGCCACCGAAGCAUUGGGCUGGCCGGUGUGCUCAUAUUUUUCAUGACACUGCUGCUGGGGUGCAGCAAUUGGUUGAGGCUCUUGGCGAAGCGCCAGAGGAAGUGCAGGUUUCGGAAGGACCACAACUGCCCGAGCAAAACCGAAGGGCAUCUGGGGCACCUGUGGUUUCUCAACUGCCAGAUGAAAGCGCACCAAGCUCCAAGAGCAGCGUGAGAGAGGAAACGAACAAGUCGAAACAGACACAAAGAGACUCUGACAAUUUGAUUCAUUGGGAUGAGCUCGAUGCAAUCGAGAUCGAAGAAACUUAUGUGCUUGGGCAAUUUGUUGACUUUGCGGCUGGCAUCUUUGCGGAGUCACAGGACCAGGAAGAUUCGGGGCAGGAAGAUUAACAUUGACAGCCUCCUCGGGCCUCUAUUUUUCAUUGCGCAUCUGAAGAAAGAACCACCUCAUCGGGAGGAUGCAAAAUAAUAUCAUGCAAAAGCGUAAACAAGGCUUGAGAUGUUCGAUGGACACUGCAAGGCAACUGUGGGCGGCCCAUGUAUGUUGUGCACCUGAUGAUAGGUGGGAAUGGGAAUGAAGCGAGCCUCGAGCCCCCAAAUCUUUCAAGACCAGCCCAAAGACGUGGAGGUUCGGCUUGGCCAAGCUGGUGGCAAUCUCAAGUCAGUCUGCAGCACCUCGUAAACCAGAGUCAGAGGAAAGCUAGACGCAGGAGGCAAAUCAAGUGACUCCAGCUCUACCGAUCACUGGCUGAGCUGGCUCCAUGCCGAAGACCGAAUUGGAGAAAGCUUCCGGCCACAAGAGAUGCUCGGAACUGUGCUAUGCCAAUCCAAUCAAGACAAGAAGGCUCAGGAGCAGACGGUCCUGCCUUUGUAUUGGUUCAAGAACACGAGGAUUUUUCUGUGGGCUCCGUGCCUGAAUUUUGAUCCAUGCUGGAAGGCGUGCUAGUGGCCCAUCAUACCGGUGAAUGCACACUCUCAUGUUUGAACGGCAUUGUCGGCCACUCAUGAAAGGCUGGAGAAAAUAGUUGCAUUUUUGUGCCUCGGUCUUUACACGAUUACAAGAAAUCUGCUUCUGCUGAACGGCCCUCCUUGGAGAUCACUGCAUGGGAGCAUUGGAUUGGAGCUUGGUCGAGCACACCGAUUUCCUUUGACCACUGGUUGCAAUGUUUACUUGCGAUGUAAUUCAAAUCUGCAUACUUUGGAAGUGUGUUGCACACUAUAGCAGAGCUUUUGAAGCUUGCGGCAGAUAAACAAUGAUAAAGACAUAGGGAACGGCCCAGAAAAAUCUGGAGGUAAUGACUGAGGCGCUAGAAGCAACGGUGCCUUGCGUGCUGGCAGACAUGGCGAGCGGGCGACUGCUUCCGCAAUCGCUGCGGUGGUCAAGCGAGGAG